AUGCCGUCUUUGCCUCAAGAAAGAGUUAUUCAGGGACCCUCUCCCCUGGAUCUGAAUACAGAAUUGCCUUAUCAAAGCACAAUGAAAAGGAAAAUCCGAAAGAAGAAAAAGAAGGGAACCAUUACAGCAAAUGUUGCCGGGACAAAGUUUGAAAUUGUUCGUUUAGUAAUAGAUGAAAUGGGAUUUAUGAAAACUCCAGAUGAGGAUGAAACAAGUAACCUUAUAUGGUGUGAUUCUGCGGUUCAGCAGGAGAAGAUUGCAGAGCUGCAGAAUUACCAGAGGAUCAACCAUUUUCCAGGAAUGGGGGAGAUCUGUCGAAAGGAUUUCUUAGCAAGAAAUAUGACCAAAAUGAUCAAGUCCCGGCCUCUGGAUUAUACCUUUGUUCCUCGAACAUGGAUCUUUCCUGCUGAAUAUAUGCAAUUCCAGAACUACAUGAAGGAAUUGAAGAAAAAAAGAAAGCAGAAAACUUUUAUAGUAAAACCAGCUAAUGGUGCAAUGGGUCAUGGGAUUUCUUUGAUAAGAAAUGGUGACAAACUUCCAUCUCAGGAUCAUUUGAUUGUUCAAGAAUACAUUGAAAAGCCUUUCCUAAUGGAAGGUUACAAGUUUGAUUUACGAAUUUAUAUUCUGGUGACAUCGUGUGAUCCACUGAAAAUAUUUCUCUACCAUGAUGGACUUGUGCGAAUGGGAACAGAGAAAUACAUUCCACCUAAUGAGUCUAAUUUGACCCAGUUAUACAUGCAUCUAACAAACUACUCUGUGAACAAGCACAAUGAGCGUUUUGAAAGGGAUGAGACUGAAAACAAAGGGAGCAAACGUUCCAUCAAGUGGUUUACGGAAUUCCUACAAGCAAAUCAACAUGAUGUUGCUAAGUUUUGGAGUGAUAUUUCAGAGUUGGUUGUAAAGACUUUGAUUGUGGCAGAGCCUCAUGUCCUGCAUGCGUAUCGCAUGUGCAGACCUGGUCAACCUCCAGGAAGUGAAAGUGUCUGUUUCGAAGUCCUGGGAUUUGAUAUCUUGUUGGACAGAAAACUAAAGCCGUGGCUUCUGGAGAUUAAUCGUGCUCCAAGCUUUGGAACUGAUCAGAAAAUAGACUAUGAUGUAAAAAGGGGAGUGCUGCUAAAUGCGCUAAAGCUACUAAACAUCAGGACCAGUGAUAAAAGGAGAAACUUGGCCAAACAAAAAGCUGAAGCUCAAAGGAGGCUUUAUGGUCAAAAUUCAAUAAAAAGGCUCUUACCAGGUUCCUCAGACUGGGAACAGCAGAGACAUCAGUUAGAGAGGCGGAAAGAAGAGUUGAAAGAGAGACUCGCUCAAUUACGAAAGCAGAUUUUAAAAGAAGAACAUGAAAAUCGGCAUAUGGGGAAUUAUAGACGAAUUUAUCCUCCUGAAGAUAAAACUCUGCUUGAAAAGUACGAAAAUUUGUUGGCUGUUGCCUUUCAGACCUUCCUUUCAGGGAGAGCAGCUUCAUUCCAGCGAGAGCUGAAUAAUCCUUUGAAAAGGAUGAAGGAAGAAGAUAUUUUGGACCUUCUGGAACAAUGUGAAAUUGAUGAUGAAAAAUUGAUGGGCAAAACUGCCAAGCCUCGAGGACCAAAGCCUCUGUCCUCCAUGCCUGAGAGCUCUGAGGUAAUGAAAAGACAGAAAUACUACAGCAGUGACAGCAGUUACGACAGCAGCCGCAGUGCUUCAGAAUCCGAGGACAACGAGAAUGAAGAGUACCAAAAUAAGAACAGAGAAAAGCAAGUUACGUAUAACCUUAAACAGUCCAACAACUACAAAUUAAUUCAGCAAUCCAGCUCCAUUAGGCGCUCAGUCAGUUGCCCUCGGUCCAUCUCUUCUCAGUCACCUUCUAGCGCGGACAGCCGCCCCUUUUCUGCGCAACAAGUGAUACCAGCAUCCCGGCCAACUUCAGGGUCCCGGUCACAUUCUUUAAACCGUGCCUCCUCCUACAUGAGGCAUCUGCCUCACACUAAUGAUGCCAGCUCUCCUAACUCUCAGAUGAGUGAGUCUUUGCGGCAACUGAGAACAAAGGAACAAGAAGACGAUCUAACAAGUCAGACCUUAUUUGUCCUCAAGGACAUGAAGAUCCGGUUUCCAGGAAAAUCAGAUGCAGAAUCAUUACUUCUGAUAGAAGAUAUCAUUGAUAACUGGAAGUAUCAUAAAACAAAAGUGGCUUCAUAUUGGCUCAUAAAAUUGGACUCUGUAAAACAACGGAAAGUUUUGGACAUAGUAAAAACAAGUAUUCGUACAAUUCUUCCACGUAUCUGGAAGGUACCUGAUGUCGAGGAAGUAAGUUUGUAUCGGAUUUUCAACCGGGUUUUUAAUCGCCUACUCUGGAGUCAUGGCCAAGGACUGUGGAACUGUUUCUGUGAUUCAGGAUCCUCUUGGGAGAGUAUUUUCAGUAAAAGCCCGGAGGUGGUGACUCCUUUGCAGCUCCAAUGUUGCCAGCGCUUGGUUGAACUUUGUAAACAGUGCCUGCUAGUGGUUUACAAAUAUGCAACUGACUCAAGAGGAUCACUCUCAGGCAUUGGUACUGAUUGGGGUAAUUCCAGGUAUUUAUUACCAGGAAGUACACAAUUCUUCAUGAGAACACCAAACUACAUCUUGAAAUACAGUUCACCUGGAAUGACUCGCUCCAAUGUUUUGUUUACAUCCCGAUAUGGCCAUUUGUGA